CAAUCAAUGUUCAAAAUUCAGCCAAACAAUAAAAAUGGCGUCUACCUCUGGUGUCGCAGAGCAGCCGUGGUACGUCGCUUUACUUGGACUUGCUGAACACUUCAGAACCUCAAAUCCACCAAAUAUUAGACUAUGUAUACAUUGCCUACAGUCAAUUUUAAACUUUAAGCCGCCACCACAUAUAGAAUCUCGCACUCACCUGCAAUUAGGAAACAUCUUAUUGACUCAUGCUAAAAAUGUAGACAUUGCAAAAGCUCAUUUAGAACAAGCUUGGACUCUUUCAUCAAAUCUUUCACAUAUUGAUGAUGUUCGCUUUGAAUCUGCUAGCAUCCUUGCUCAAGUUAUUACAGAAAAACAGGAAGAAUCAAGUAAUGCUAAGCUAAUUUUACUUCGAGGUGUUGAUCUUUCUCAACAGUCACCAUACUGGCACUGUCGACUGUUAUUUCAGCUGGCACAACUUUACACUGCUGAGAAGGAGUGGAAUGCUGCCAUUAACUUAUUGGGAAGGGGAGCAGAUUAUGCUCUUGCUGUGCGGUCUGAGUACACACGACUUCUCUUUAUGCUGAGCAGAGGCAUGAUUGGACUAAUAAGUAAAAAUAUUCCCUGUAUAAAUGAUUCCAUGACACAAGCUGGCCAGUUGAUAGAGUCCUUCAGUGGAAGCCUCUUACAUAAAGAAUAUCUCAAGGUUUUCUUCUUGGUUCUUCAAGUUUGCCAUUAUCUCAUGGCUGGUCAGGUUAAAAGUGUGAAACCCGUUUUAAAGCAGCUUCAACAGAGUAUUCAGACAAUAGCACACAAUCAUUCUGAUGAUGAUCCUCUUGUUUCAAAUGAAGCAGAAAUGUUUCAAUGGCUUCCAAAAGAACAUAUGUGUAUUCUGGUUUAUUUGGUGACUGUUAUGCAUUCCAUGCAGGCUGGUUACAUGGAUAAAGCACAAAAAUAUACAGACAAAGCACUUAUGCAAAUUGAGAAACUCAAAUUCAUGGAUAGCAAUCCUCUACUAUCAUCUUUUCAAAUGAUGCUUUUAGAGCAUAUCAUUAUGUGUCGUUUGAUCAUGGGCAAUAAAUCAAUUGCCAUUCAUGAAAUAUUUCAGGCCUGUCAUGUUUGCCAACAACAGCCUAGAUUAUUUACGACACAUGGAUCACAAAUACAUACUUUAAUUGGUUUAUAUGCUAUGUCAAUGAACUGUAUGGAGGCUGCAGAAGCUCAGUUUAAAACUGCCCUUAAGAUGGCUGGUGGGGGAGACCUGAAUAAUUUCAUCAACCUAAAUUUAGCCAUUGUAUAUUUACGCACUAAUCGACAUACAGAAUUAUUGGGCCUUUUGGAGGCAAUAAACCCUGAAACAAUACCUAGUGGAUCUCAUACAAUAAAAGCAGCAUCAUAUUAUGUCAAAGGCCUACAGUUUUUCUUUCAAGCCAAUUUUAGUGAUGCCAAGCGGUGCUUGCGUGAAACCUUAAAAAUGGCCAAUGCUGAAGAUUUGAAUCGACUUACUUCCUGCUCCCUUGUGCUGCUUGGUCACAUUUUUCUUUCUUUAGGAAAUACACAGGAGGCAAUGAAUCUUGUAACUCCAGCCAUGCAAUUGGCUGGUAAAAUACCUGAUGUUCAUGUCCAGUUGUGGGCGUCAUCUUUGCUGAAAGAUCUGUACAGGCAGUGUGGAGACACAGUCAAUGAGGCUGAAGGAUAUCGUAUGCACACCAGUUUUUCACAAGCAUUGCUUAAAGAUCAUUUUCAAUCUUCUCAAAUGUCAGAGCAUGGUAUCAUACAGUGGACAGAUGGACCUUGUCCUUUUCACUUAAGCAGUUCUUCCUCUGCAUCAAGUGCUAUGUUGUAAUGACUUGCAAUACAUUUUAUUUUAGCUGUGUAAAUAUGUCAUGUUGUUAAGCAGGUCUAAUUAAAAACAAUUGAUAAAAACAUUUACCCAUUACUGUCUGCUGUAGUAGAAGUCUUAAGGUUAGAUACUGAUAGCUUUAAAAUUCUGAGUACCAUAACCCAUUGUAGUUUUUUUUGUAUAUACCUCUUAAUUGAUCUGUUCUAAUCAACUGAUCAUAUUAGACAUUGAACAAAUCAAACUGGUUGAAAAUGGGAAGGAGGCAUUACUUUUUUUUCUGUUGUGUACAAAUAAUUUUUUUUUUUUUUU